AUGCUUCGAACAAAUUCUGCUAGAGAAUUUUAUUUGAAAGAAUUUCAAGAAGAUUAUAGAUUUAUUAGAGCAGAUAAAUUUAAUAAUUAUAGAAAACGUGUUUGUAGAAUUUGCAGAAAUUUAACUUAUUGUGUAAAUGUUCAUAUUAUUAGUGGAAGAAAUUUUGGAAGACAUCCUCUUUGCA